AUGUCUCUCUCAAUCUUCUUCUUUGUUCUUCUUCUUGCAAUUCCUACUCUCCAUGCCUCAGAUUUAAUAACCCAAACUUGUGACAAAACCUUAUACAAGGACCUAUGCAUAUCAACCCUAGGAUCAACGAAUGUAAAAGAUAUGCAGAGUCUAGCCGAAUUAGUACUAAAUAUCACAUCAUCAAAUGGAAGUGAAACGCAGAAGCUCAUCGCCGAAAUUCUUAACAAAAGUUCAAAUAAUAAUAAUUUCAUGAAGAUAUACCUCAGAGAUUGCUCUGAGGCCUAUCAGAAUGCAGUUGAUCAGCUUAAUAAAUCCAUGGCAGCCUUGAAAUCUAAAGCUUUCAAUGAUCUUAAUACAUGGGUUACUGCUGCCAUGUCCAAUGCAGAGUCUUGUGAGAAUGGAUUCAAGGAAAAUCCAGGGACUGUAUCUCCAUUCACGAACAGCAACAAAAAAUUUAGCCAGCUUUGCAGUAUUACUUUAACAAUUACCAAUCUCUUGGCUAAAAAUUAA